UAUGCGCAUGCGCAGUGCGGGAAAAGAACACGGUGAAGAUUCAAAGUUUUUGUUCAAUUUUUUGGUCUUUCUUCUAUGGUGAUAAAUUGAACGAGAAAUAGACUAUGUUUGGCUUUCACAAGUCAAAGAUCUACCGGAGUAACGACGGCUGUUGCAUCUGCAAGACAAAGUCCUCCAGUUCACGCUUCACAGACAGCAGCAGAUAUGAGGAGACGUUCAGGCUCUGUUUUGGCCUCUCAGAGGAUCGAGUUGGAGACAUCUGCAAUGCAUGUGUGUUACUGGUGAAGAGGUGGAAGAAGCUGCCUCAUGGCUCCAAGAAGAACUGGAAUCAUGUGGUGGAUGCCAGAGCUGGUCCAGGCUUUAAGGUGACAAAACCCAAGAAGACCAAGAACAUCGAUGGCAAGAAAAAAAGCAAACUCAAGAAGCUUCACAAAUUAAAAAGACAAACAGACUCAGAUGCUCACAGCACGACCUCCAGCAUGUCUCCUGCCCAGUCACCCAGCUACAGCAACCAGUCAGAUGAUGGCUCUGACAUCGAGUCCAAACAAAGACGCACAACUCCUUCCAGCUUUUCCUUCUUGGACCGUUCCUACUGGAAAAGGCAAAAGGUGUGUUGUGGGAUUGUCUACAAGGGUCGGUUUGGAGAGGUGAUUAUUGAUCCUCGACUUUUUAAGCCCUGCUGCAGUUCCAAGAACCAGAAGACACUGGUGCCCACACAAGUGGCUACACACUUGCCAGAGACGCAUCCACCUCAGGUCCCCGAAGACGUACACAAAACCUGGUGAAUGCUUUGUUUUAUCCCCCUGUGGGGUUAUCCAAGGCAUCCACCUGGAUUUGUCUCCAGUGGCAGACCUCAUUUCUACUCCUUCUGUUAGAUCAAUUAGUUUGAUGUUUGACCAAGUAAUAUUCCUUUUUUUUUAAAAAAAAAAACAACAUAUUUUUGUUUUUACUUUUGUAUAGAAUUGAGUUCUUAUUCUUUAUUGAAAGGAAACAAAAUCAGGGCAUUAGUGUUAUUUAUAGGACAAGGAGACACAUUAUGUUCAAGCCAAGUUUUGAUUCUGACUUUUUUAAAUUUUUACAAUUUUUGUCAUCAGCUUUUUGUAAAUAUUUUGACAUUUUUCUCAAGACAGCUAUUUUGUUUUAUGAUUUGUCAAUAUGAAAAACACCAGCUAUUUCUAAUACUGGCUUUUUGUGUUGAAGUGGGUCUUCAACUGUUGCUGCAAUGUUUUGUUCUAUCUGUUUGCUCAGUAAAUACAACUGAGAGGUUUUUGUUUUAAAGUACACAUAUGGCUUUUACUAACACCAGGAAUUAUUAGCACAUCUGUUCUUCACAAAUGUAAAGAUCCUUUAAUAGGUAUGUAGCUCAAGUAAAUUAUCCAUUGGAAUUAUGCACAGCUUAAUGAUGCCUCAGACAGAUUUGAAAUGCUCCAUUUGUUCAGCGGUUUGUGCACAUUCACAUAGCUAGAUGACCAUGCAUGCAGUAUGUUACUGUGCUUUUUGGAAUGACAAAGGUGGUUUAUUUAUUUCUCUUGUACAGUCUCAAGCAAAAUGACACUGCAUGUUGUAGAGCAAAUGCUUUUUUUUAUGGACUUUUUACAUUCUGUCAUUUGGCUCAUGGUAUAUCUGAACCUUUAAGGAAACUACAGGGACAGUAAACCACUACAUUUGAACGGUGCUAAAAACACAUCCUCCUGCGUUAAGUCAGUUUGAUCAUACUUUCGUUUUUUAGUUGUUUUUUUUUGUUCUUCAAGACGCAUUUCUCUAAAGGCAUGCAGAAAAAGGUUUAAGCCGCAGGGGCAUGUAGAAACUAAACUGUAGCACCAAGUGAACGCUGAUGUUCUUAACUGUGUUUCAUUUACUGUCAAAAACUAAACAGCCAGGACACUGGGUUAUGUUUUAUGGUUACCUCACAUUUUGACCAGAAAAAAAUGCUCUUAGAAAAAUGUGUUUGAUUAUUGUGAUGAUUUAAUCUUAAAGGGUUGUCAAAAAUGCAAACUAUGCAGACAUUUUGAAUGUGAGAAGUGCCAUGGGGCUUUCUGUCACUUUCAUUAUAUUUUAUAUGUAGAGUGAUAGAUCCUUAUUUAACCAAAUUGGCUUGUUAAAAGCAUCAUUUGUUUUAAAUUUUUUUUAAAGUAAUAAUGUGACAUUCAGCUCAUUAUUCAUCUCAAGGUUCUUUUGUAUGUCAUGUUAAAAACAAUGCUCGUAUUGCACAGUUAUUGCCAUGGUGCAUACUGUCCCAAAUUAAUACUGCAGUGACAACGGUUUCUUUUUUUUUAUUAUCUGUUUUAUUUUUUUACAUUUUGUAACCAAGCUCAGCUAAAUGAAUUGACAGGUGUUGCUCUGUAAAGUUUCGUAAUAUAUUUAAACUGUUCUGCGGCAGGGUAGUAAAAUGCUGAACAUUUCUUAUUAAGGAUAUAUGCUGCUUCCUUUUAAGUGGGGAAAAUAAGCUUUUUUUUGUCCUUAGGGAGUUGCCAUAAUGUUUAACGAGGUACAUUUUGGGAUGUAAAAUGUGCCUUAAUGAAUUACCCGACCUUUCCAUUAUGAUUCUUAUGUAAUUUAUAUUUAUUUAUUGCGCAACUUUUUUUUCUUUUUUUUUUAAGUGAAAUUUCAGAGGAAACUGGUGUAGAGCCUUUCAGAAAGUCUGUUUUAAUUUUGUGCACUUCUUUUGAACAUGCAUUGUAUGUUUUGUAAGCCUUUUUGUAUACUGUACCACAAAGUAGAUCUGUAUAAUAAAAGUAAAAAG